UCCGCGACCGUGCCGCGUGCGCUACGUUGCAACUCCGCUGGCUUUCCUCUCCCUUUCUUCCCCGCUAGCGCUAGGUCGCCGAGUCAACAUCCACCAUCACCGCCGGCAGCAGCACCCAAAACCCAGCCACUCCGGCAGGCCCAUCCGCUCCCGCCUCUCGCUGUCCCCGGAACCCAAAGCUCAAGCUAGCGCCCAUGGGGAUCGCGGACGCCGUGCAGGCCUACACGGGCCUCUCGCCCGCCGCCGCCGUCACCGUCCUGGCGCUCAUGCUCGCCACCUACCUCAUCGUCUCCACCCUCUUCGUCUCCCCUGACACCGCCGCGCCUCCCAAGCUUGCUCAGCAGCAGGAGCGGGGCACGGAGGCCGAGGCGGAGCCGUUCGUGCCGCCGUUCCCGGACCCUGUGCAGGUGGGCGAGAUCACGCUCGACCAGCUCAGGGCAUACGACGGCAAGGACCCCGCCAAGUCCAUCCUCAUCGCCAUCCGCGGCCAGGUCUACGACGUCUCGCGCGGGAGGCUGUUCUAUGGACCUCAAGGACCGUAUUCCUUGUUUGCCGGGAGGGAUGCAUCUCGGGCCUUGGCAUUGAUGUCAUUUGACCUUAAUGACCUGACUGGAGACCUGGAAGGCCUAAGCCCAGACGAACUGGAGGUUUUACAGGACUGGGAAGAGAAAUUUAAGGAGAGAUACCCUCUGGUGGGUCACCUUCCUUCUGACGACGCAACAGCUGGUGGUGAUCAGAAGGGCGCUGAGCCUGUGGAUCACGAGGAAGAGAACGCGUAACUUCGUGUGGGGUACCUGUCGUCUCGGUUGCCUGGUCCUCUGUCUUCUGUUACUGGAUCGCAAGCGGUAGAUCUGAUGCGCUGAUGGAUAGGUGGUGGUGUUUGUUUGCUUGCUUGCCGCAUGAGUGUUCUCGCGUGACUGAUGUACUAGCUGCGUGACUGAUGUACUAGCUGCUUUCUCCACCCGCUUUACUUUGGUUGGUGUGUAGGAAUGGAUAAGCGGGGGAGAAAUUUUGAUUUUGAUUGACGGGGAAACUUUGAGAUGCCCCAGAUGAUGUGUAUAUGCUUUGAUUCGCGCCAUAAUUGGCGGCUUAAUUAUCGUACUUGAGAUGAUGAUGAUGA